AUGUUUCACGGCAGGGCCUGCGUGACGUGUCAUCAACGAAAAGUGCGUUGCGACAUUCUCGAAAAGGGCACGCCAUGCUCCAAAUGCGAAGCAAACAACAUUUCCGACUGUCGAAUCUUUGAGAAGAAGAAGACUAGGUCCUCAACAAGGGUAUCUCGGAGCCCCAAUGUCUCUAUUCAGCCAAGGACAACAACAGCACCGAGCUCUAGACCCACAACCACGCCAACAGCAUCGAAUGCCGCCAGUCCGUGGGUACCAGUCAACGUCGACUCGCGGCCAGCAUCGGCUCCAGGAAACGAGCUCAAUGCUCAGACCCAUUACGCUACUGAGGUCGCAACGCGAAAUUUGGCUGAUUUUCUUGACCGAGAAGAGACAGGAUACCAAGAUAUUCUACCAAGUGGCAGACUUUACUUCAUCGGGACCGAGUUCUCGAACUUGAACUACCUCGUUCGGCAGCGAUCUCAACGGCCCGAUCAAAAUGUCUUACAUUUCGGGAUGCCGCCCGAAGCCUUGGAACUACCUACCAAGGCUUUGGCUGAUGAACUUGUUAAGGCUUACUUUGUGCACAUUAAUCGCGGCAUUCCCAUUGUUGACGAAGAGUUCUUCAUGAAAAAGUACAAUAACACAGAGACCAACGAAGACUUUGCCAGGCAACGGCCUUUAUCUUUACUUUUACUAAACGCUAUCCUACUCGUCGGAGCGCACGUCUUGUCUAACGAGCGCGAGGAGCUCAAAGCGUUAAAGGCGGUCUUCUUUAAGAGAGCGAAAGCUUUGUUCGACUGCCGUUUCGAGCAACAUCGCGAGACGUACCUACAAGCUGCUAUCCUUCUGACCUGGCAAUGUGAUGACCUCGAGGAUGUUAUCUCGAAUUCGUGGUAUUGGAUCGGUAUUGCUGCUCGAACGGCAUACGGAAUGGGCAUGCAUCGGGAUGCUACACCGUCAGGUCUUAACGUCAUGGACAAGCGCCUAUGGCGGAGGCUAUGGUGGACUUUGUAUCAAUAUGACGUUCUGUGGAUUGCUCGGCCAAUCACCCCCGCGAUCCGGAAUAUCCCCAAACUGACUCUCUACUUCUACCAUAGAAGCCUUGACGAUUCUGAUGUACCACUCAUCGAAGAGUGUCAUCUAGCAGAUACACCGGAAGCCGAAGCUUCCUUCAUAGUUCAGCAUACACAGCUAUGCAUCAUUUUCGCAAAGGUCAUGAAAAAGCGAGUUGCUCUACGUUGCAAAGAAGGAGAAAAGGCUGAGGCGACAAGGAAAGCCGAUAUUGCGCUCGCUGAGCUAGUCACCAAUCUGCCCGAACGACUCCAUUUAUCCUCAGGAGAUCCAGACAUUUGGCAGUCAAUGUUCCACAUCACAUACAACAACUUUCUCAUCCUACUUCAUCGGCCGCCUCCUCGGGCAGUAUCGGGACCCUCAUCAGUAGAAGCAAGCAACGACCUGACCAUUUGCUCUGACGCGGCGGCUACCAUUGCCUCCAUCUUCGAGUCUUUGCGGAAGAGAGAGAUGCUGGCUAGCUUGUGGCUUCCAAGCCUCCACAUGCUCUUCACAGCUCUGGUUCACACAGCAAGCCAAAUGCACUCUAGCAAUCCAAUCGUCGCAGCCAAGUCAAAGCGCCAUACUGAAUCCAUGAUACAGACAUUGCAUGCAAUGAAGUCUCAAUGGCUAUACGCGCAAAGCCUGCUGAAUCUAUUCGAGCCGAAACGACCAAGAAAUCGCGAUCUUGGCCAGCAAUCCACCCGAUUUGAUGACGCGAGCAAUCGAGUGGGUAAUUUUGGAGAGCAGAAUCCUACCAGGAUCUCUCUUCCGACCGACAUCCUCAGAUAUAACGAUCACACCAUUGUCGGAUCGUCAGCAUCCACGGGAAAUGGUGUUCCAGGGCGGCCUCUGGUUUCUGGCGCAGCUUAUGGCUCACAGCAUAUAGAUGCGGCACCAGGGCAUAGUCUAGCUAGAGAUCCUGUGGAGCAGUACGCGGCAGCUGUAGUUGGGAAUAUGUCUCAAGGCGGUCAGCCUUAUGGCACUGGCUUCGUAGGGGACGAUAUGGGCCUUACUGAUGCGGAUACCAUGGAUAUGCUGCAGCUUCCGUCGGCUCUGGAGUUCCUGUUGGCUGGCGCCGGCAACAACUUUGACUUCUGA